AUGACGGCUUCUUGUUUUCGGGCGACUAUUGGCCGUCUGGUUGCCUUGGGCACGAUUCUUACGUUUGUGACUUUCCAGUAUAUUGCAGUAAAGUCAAAACCUCAACUAAGCUUCUAUGAAAUUUUCCUACAACUCAGUUCUUGCAUCCUCCUGUGUAACUUCUUAGUCGUCGUUGCGCGCUGGGCUGAGUAUGAACCCAUCCAGGGGCUCAAGGACAAUGGCCGAUUGCCAUCUAUCAACGUCAUUGUUCCGGCGUACAACGAGUCUGAGUUCGUGAGGAACUCAAUAUCCUCUGUGUUGUCCUCAGAUUAUCCCAGAGACAAAGUCCAUAUCAUCGUUGUGGAUGACGGCUCGACGGAUGAUACCUGGUCUCACAUACAACACGCACUUCCACCAAAGUCUUCGACUCUUUAUACAACAAUCCGGCACGAGAUCAACCGUGGAAAACGCCAGGCCAUGGUCACGGCAUUUGAAGUGGCCAACAACGAGAUACUCGUGACUCUGGAUUCCGACACUACUCUCGACAAGCAUACUCUCCGGAACUUGGCCAGUCCCUUCGUCCUGGACAGAGACGUUGGAGGCGUCGCCGGGCACCUCUCCGUCUUCAACAUCCAAUCUCAAGGAUGGGAUAGCUUCAUCCCUCGCAUCCUUGACUGCCUUUUUGAACAAAACGGCAACAUUCCGCGGGCGGCGCAGUCAAAACACGGGUUCGUUACCAUUCUCCCAGGCGCCAUCUCCGCGUUCCGCAGAGACGCCAUCCUGCCGCACACUAAGGCCCUCGUGGACACGAAAUUCCUCGGGCGUCCGAUGCGGCACGGCGAGGACGUCCAGCUCACGAUGGGACUCCUGCGCGAUGGCUGGCGUCUCAAGUAUCAGAGCAAUGCUGUUGGCUACACAGUCGCGCCAGAGACGUUUUUGAAGGCUUUCCUCAUGUACGUUCGCUGGGAGAGGAGCAACCAUACCUAUUGGAUGCUCGGGCUUGUUCGUCUAGCCUUUCGCGAUGCGGCGAGAUUCUUCACUCGACGCUUUGCUCGGCCGUGUUCGAGCGAGCCUGAGCUACUGCUGCCCGGAGACCUGGAGAAACAAGGUGGCAGGAGAGAGGUGAAUGCCCGCACGCCGGACUAUCAUCCCAUGCUGAUGAUUUUCUGCGCGGGGUUUGCCAACUUUUCAUACCUGAGUAUUGUGAUCUCGUGGCUACGGGGCUUUUACUUCUCUCCGUGGGUUACAUUCAUGAAUCUGGGUUGUCUCGUCGUGUUUGCCACUUGGUUCAGUACUCUGUUGUUGGCGGAUGCUCUUCACGAGAGCGAAAGUAACAUGGCAGUCGAAGGAGACGUCAAAGAGUCGGACGAGACCCGGUUACUAAGGACCGAGGAGUUGGUUGACAAGGUGAUGGUCUCUGUGGUAGUGGAUGCGACUUCUUAG